UCCAUUUUCUUGGACAUCUGAGAAACCACUCGUCCUACACUAAUUGAGUUGACACUCUACACAUGAAGAAUCACGGCGAUUCAAGCUCUCCCGUGACGUCGGUGGAAUGCCCGACCCACGUGAUGAUGGCGUAAUCCAUAUUUUGGCAGAGUACCCGGAAGUGCAGAAGGAGCUGAAUGCGAAAAGCUAAGUUUAAGGGCUAAGUUUUGCUUUGUUCGUCGCCCUCUUUAGCACUUCACGUACAAGGAAAGAUUGGGAUAAUCUAAUCGUGGUAAACUCGACGAGUUUAUUGAUAUGUCGAAUAUGGAGAAGCAUCUCUUCAAUCUAAAGUUUGCUGCCAAAGAACUUCAUAGAAAUUCCAAGAAAUGCGACAAAGAAGAGAAAGCAGAGAAGACUAAAGUUAAGAAAGCAAUCCAAAAAGGUAAUAUGGAAGUGGCCAGGAUCCAUGCAGAAAAUGCUAUCAGACAGAAGAACCAAUCAGUCAACUUCCUGCGGAUGAGUGCUCGGGUGGAUGCAGUGGCAGCAAGAGUCCAAACUGCAGUCACAAUGAACAAGGUUACAAAAUCUAUGGCUGGAGUGGUGAAAGGCAUGGAUGCCACACUCAAGGGCAUGAAUCUGGAGAAGAUUUCAGCGCUCAUGGACAAGUUUGAGCAUCAGUUUGAGACACUAGAUGUUCAGACAGCCCAAAUGGAGGAUACCAUGAGUAGCACAACAACACUGACAACACCACAGAACCAAGUGGAGUCCCUAAUGCAUGAAAUGGCCGAUGAAGCAGGGUUGGACCUGAACAUGGAGCUCCCCCAGGGACAGACAGGAUCUGUGGGCACCAGCGUUGCUUCAGCAGAGCAGGAUGAACUGUCUCAAAGGCUGGCCAAACUCAGAGACCAAAUGUAAAGGAAGACUGGUCAGUUGGAACCAGAAAGCAGAGCUCCACAAUACCUGUCCUCCAACUGAAAUGAAAAUUAUACUCCAACAUAUAUUAUUUCUGUAAUAACUUUAUUCCUCUUUUGCAUCUCAUACUUGUCUCUACAGGAUAUACAGUGUGAUUUGUGUGAGUUUCCACUGGUUUCUUGUUUCUUGUUCUUAUUUCGUCAUGAUUAUUUAUGUCUGGGGACAAACAAUUUAUACUAAAACACUCACUUGUUUGUUAAUGUGUGUAUUUCUGAAAUGUAUUUAUUUACUAAUGAGGGGUAUUUGUUCUACUGUAUUAGUAAAUAUUUAUAGUUCAGAAGAGUAUACAUAAAAACUUGAAAUGUGGAAUUUAUUCCCAUAUAUUUCUGACCUGAUUUUUUUACCCACCUGAUUUCAUAUACAUGGGUGUAUAUCACAUCAUGUUGAAAAUAUAUAUGUAAUUAGUUUAUUUCUUGUUCCUAAGUGGAUGAUUGCACCCAACAUAUGCAAAUUUUCUACUUGAUCAUUAUUAAAGAGACCAUGGUUCAUGUUUGCUUGAUCAUGGUUUAAGAGACCCUCCUUUACAGACAAAUUGACAUCUGCUGUUGCAUUGUAUUGUGCCUGUUUGUUUUUUUGUUUUUUGGGUUUUUUUUUUUACAUUUAUUAUUUUGAGAAAAAUUGUGAAUUAGUUUAUGUCUUUGGCUGGCCAUCUGUCACUAAUUCUUUUGGGAAGGGGUUAGCUCAAAAUUACAUAAGCUGACAAUAAA